AUGAAUCAGCCAACUGUGUCUAUACUUCUGGAUCAGAUUGUAAAUGACAUUAAGCUAACCAAUCAAUUGUCAAAAGACAAUAUGCGAGCUCUUUACCACAUGGCAGGGAGCCUCUUGAUUGAGGCUCUUUAUUUGAUAGACCAUAAAGCUGUGACGCAGUACACUAGCGAAUCUGGGCGUUCAUUUUACAAGGUCACUGAUAUGCCGAUUAUAUCUCAUGAGAGAGAUAAAGAUAAAGAGAUGUCAGAUGAAGAUAGAGAUAGAGAGCAGCAAUUAUCAGAUGAAGACACGAGCGCUUAUACUUGCUUUAUAAAUCCACGGUAUUGCAACUGCCAAGCUUUUUUAAGAGAUGUUAUCUGUUGUGGUAAGAUGAUAAUGUGUCGGCAUGUAUUGGCUUCUCUUUUGUCAGAUUGUAUGGGUGUAUCGGAAAUUCAGGAAAUGGAAGAUAUGGAACUUGCCAAGUGUCUUUACAUGUCUAAAAACCUCGAGUAG